UGGGGGGGGAGGGGAGGGAGGGAGUGAGUGACGCAGGAGGAAGGAGACGCCAUUAGACAGAAAGCUGCUUGUUUACUGCUCGGCCUGUUCUUGCUCUCUCUCUCUCCUUUGCCUCCUUCUCCCUCUCUCUCUCUCUCUCCCCUCUCUAGUCCAUGUGACUCGGCUUCUCGGCAGCGGUCAGCUCAGGAAGUGGGGGGAAUAAGGAUGGCGACUGGCGGCGCAGGAGGCGGUAAAACCUACCCCUUUAAAGUAGUCCUACUGGGGGAAGGCUGUGUGGGGAAGACAUCCCUGGUGCUGAGAUAUUGUGAGAACAAAUUCAACGACAAGCACAUCACCACCCUCCAGGCCUCGUUCUUAACCAAGAAACUAAACAUUGGAGGUAAAAGAGUAAAUAUUGCAAUUUGGGACACAGCGGGUCAGGAGAGAUUCCAUGCUUUGGGCCCGAUUUAUUACAGAGAUUCCAAUGGAGCCAUAUUAGUGUAUGAUAUCACAGAUGAAGACUCGUUCCAGAAGGUGAAAAAUUGGGUGAAAGAAUUACGGAAAAUGUUAGGAAAUGACAUUUCGUUAUGUAUAGUAGGUAAUAAAGUUGACCUUGAAAAAGAUAGGCAUGUGUCAGUUGAAGAGGCAGAAUUAUACUCAGAAUCAGUUGGAGCAAAACACUUUCAUACAUCAGCCAAGCUGAACAAGGGAAUUGAAGAACUAUUUCUUGAUCUCUGUAAAAGAAUGAUAGAAACAGCUCAAGCAGAUGAAAGGGCAAAAGGCAAUGGAAACAGUCAAUCAGGAGGCACAAGACGGGGUGUACAGAUAGUCGAUGAUGAACCGCAACAGAGCAGUGGAGGUUGCUGCUCUUAACUGACCAAAACUGUUCAGCUUUGUUUAUAGAAAUGAAGACUACCAUCUACCACAUCACAUAUUCUUAUACCAAGAGAAUGUCGUUAACAGUGUUUUUAAAAAAAAAACAUUUAUAACCUUCAAAGGACUAAAAGUGCUAAACAAAGUGGGGUAUGUGACAAGAAGACUGCUUUUCCUCCCCUUUACAGUUGUAUGGACAGAAAUGAUCAAUGGCCUUUUUCAUGAACCUUACAUAGAAUUGUCUUUUAAUUGAAAAGCUGUAUAAUUUGCAUGUAGGAUCUUAGUAUGUAGGAGCUGCAGGUAUAUUGCCCUUAUAAAAGUCAGAUCUUUUAUUAUUUAAUAACUUAUGUACAUGUGUUGAAUAGUACACAUUUGACUAUUUUUGGAACAUAACUACUAAAUGUGCAAAGUCAGUCAGAUUAUUAUGGUUUGAGCAGAUUUUUGCACAAGGUUCUCCCUAUUAUGAUUUUUAUCUUGCUCUAUUCCUUAAUAGUGAAAAUAUACCUUGCGAAUUUCAUAUUAAAUAUUUUAUCCACUUUACAAGUUGUGCACAUGUUAUACACUUUCCCCAUGCUAUUGUCUGAAUAAGGAUUGAAAGCAUUUAAGUAAUGCUGCUGUCAAAGUACCCUCUUCUCUCCUAAGCCAAAUUUGAAAUCAACUUUUUUUGAAGGUAAAGUUAGGCUUCCGCAGGUCUCUUUGCAGCUCCACUGGUUAUGUCUAAAGCAUAGUUAGAAAACUUGUUUGUGUAUACAGUAUCUGUGGAAGAUGACAUUUAAACUGGAGAUGUUUGUUUGAAAAAAGGCAAACGCAGGAUUUUCUAUUUGUUGAACUUAAAUCAAUGUAAUAAAAGCAUCAAGGAGUCAUCUGUGUCAUUAACACUAUUGGGGUGUAUUCCCUGUAAAUGGGUUUCCUAAUAUAGUUCAUUAAAGCAACUGAUUUUUCUUGAA